CAGUCGCCUAUGAUGAGAAGGGACAUGAGAUGAAAGGGCUUUCUUCUUUAGCUUCGAGGGCAACACCUUCACUAAAACAUCUCUCUGAAGAGCCGUCUAGGCACAAAAUAUCAAACCCUAAACUGAAACCAUCUCUUGUGCAUAAGCAAACCAACAACAUCACCGAAGGUUCUUCAAGAGGUAACAACUCUUCUUCUUCUCCUUUAAUAAAUUCUCAUAUCCUUGAUAAACCCAACUCUAUUUCACUCUCAAAUAGUCCUAUUUCAACUAAUGAACGCUUUAAACCGAUUGAUCACAGUUACAUUUCUCAAAUUCUUGCUAGAAAUGACUGGUUUUUAUUGCUGAACCAUGAAUUGAAGGCUAAAAGGAUCAGUUUGGUACCUCGGUUUGUAGUGAGUGUAUUGCAAAAUCAAGAAAACCCAUUACACCCUUUGAGAUUUUAUAUCUGGGUUUCUAAUAUCGACCCCUUCUUUUCUAAGGAUCAAUUGGUUAAGGGUGUUUUAGCUAAGGUACUUUACAGAAAAGGUCCUGUUAUUUUGUCUGUUGAAUUGCUUAAAGAUAUUAAGAACUCGGGUUAUGGAAUUAGUGAGGAUUUGCUUUGUGUUCUGAUUGGUAGCUGGGGCAGGUUAGGAUUAUCUAAAUAUUGUGGAGACAUUUUUGGGCAGAUUUCUUUUUUGGGUAUUAUUCCUAGUACAAGGUUGUAUAAUGCUGUUAUUGAUGCUCUGGUGAAAUCGAAUUGCAUUGAUUUAGCUUAUUUGAAGUUUCAAGAGAUGUCUGUGGAUAAUUGCAAACCCGAUAGGUUCACAUACAAUAUUCUUAUCCAUGGAGUUUGUAGAAUUGGUGUUGUGGAUGAGGCUCUUCGAUUAGUCAAACAGAUGGAGGGAGUGGGAUAUUUACCUAACGUGUUUACAUAUACAAUUCUUAUUGAUGGGUUUUGUAAUGCAAAGAGGGUAGACGAAGCUUUUAGGGUUUUAGAGAUGAUGAAGGAAAGGAAUGUUAGUCCCAAUGAAGCUACUGUUAGAUCAUUGGUUUAUGGGGUAUUUCGUUGUGUGGCCCCUCGUAAGGCAUUUGAGUUGUUAAUAAUGUUUAUGGAAAGAGAGCCUGUGAUGCCAAAAUUAGCUUGUGAUACUCUGCUGUAUUGCCUUUCAAAUAACUCUAUGGCAAGAGAGGCAGCCAUGUUCUUGAGGAAGGUUGGGGAAAGAGGUUACUUGCCUGAAAAUUCAACGUUUAACACUACUAUGACUUGUUUGAUAACUGGAUUGAAUCUCAAUGAGACAUGUGAAAUAUUUGAUAGUUUUAUUGAGCGAGGUGUGAAGCCAGGGUUUAUUACAUAUCUUAUGCUCAUUGAAGCUUUAUACAAGGCAGGAAGGGGAAAGGAUGGGGACUGCUAUUUGGAACAUAUGAUCAAGGAAGGACUUGUGCCAAAUGUAUAUUCAUAUAACAUGGUGAUUGAUUGUUUUUGCAGAGUCAAUAUGGUGGACAGGGCUGUGGAGACUUUUAGAGAGAUGCAAGGUAGAGGUAUCGCUCCUAACCUGGUCACUUUCAAUACCCUGAUUAGUGGGCAUUGCAAGGAUGGAAAGAUACUCAAGGCUCAUGAACUUUUGGUUAUGCUUUUAGAAUGUGGUCUGAAACCUGAUAUCUUCACUUUCAGCUCAAUAAUUGAUGGGCUUUGUAGAGCACACCGCAAUGAGGAUGCCUUAAAUUGUUUCACUGAAAUGGUUGAAUGGGGUGUCACUCCAAAUGCUAUCACAUACAAUAUUUUGAUCCGUUCUUUGUGUGUCAUUGGGGAUGUUGCUAGAUCAUGGAAACUUUUAAGAAAGAUGCAAGCAGAUGGAGUAAGUCCAGAUAUUUACUCUUUCAAUGCUCUAAUCCAAAGUUUUUGUAGAAUGAAAAAGAUUGAAAAAGCAGAGAAGCUUUUUAUUUCCAUGUUGACACUGGGUUUGAGUCCUGACAAUUAUACUUAUGGUGCUAUUAUUAAGACAUUGUGUGAAUCAGGAAGAAUUGUUGAAGCAAAGGAGAUGUUUGUUUCAAUGGAAGCAAAUGGUUGCAUUCCUGAUUCUUAUACAACUAACUUAAUUUUGGAAACUCUGAUUCACAAUAAGUGCUUUGAAGAGGCUCGUGAUAUUGUCAUAAAAUAUAAUGAUAGGGGAUUUUCUUUAAAAUCCAUCCCCAAUCUUCAGGAUUUUCUCACUUCCUGAAAGAAUUUGACACUUGCUUCUUGUGGGAUUUACAGAUCGGUUGUUGAUUUGGAUCAAGGGAUACCGGUUGCCAGAAGAUAAGCCUUGGCAACAGUGGGUAUUGCUCAAUUAUCCUGCCCAAGGUUCUACGCGGUGGCUGUAAUUCUGGUAAUGGACCUGAAUCAGCACUGGGAAAUUGACAUGUAGUUCUAUUGUUGGGUAAAAGUGAACCUGCUGCUGUAGCCCCAAAUGCAAGGUGCAUAAUAUCAGUAGCUUGCGGCUGUUUGGGGGUACAAUACAUAUUUUUCUUUACCUUGAACAUCCUUUUGGAUGUUGGCUUAAUGUGACAGCAAUUUUGUUAAUACUAACUGGUAUCCCUCAGAAGUCAUGAUAAUUAGGAUCAAUCCUUCAAGUUUGAUUUUUAUGCAAAGCAACAUUGUGUACUAUGACCAAUGGAGCUUGCUGCAGCUAAGUUGUAACUUUGCCAAGCCAAGCAGAUUGUGGAAAUGUAUAAUGCUCUAGGAUUACCAGAAAAUAGUAGUCAUAUUCUUCAAAAAUUUUGUUUUCUUCUUCUGGUGGCUAUAUCAUUUGCAGUGAUGCUAGUCAUUAGAUGUCAUGUACUAAUGCUGUGGCAUGAAUAAAUUUAAACAUUAAGAUGUCUCCUUAUAAAAGAUUCAGCUUUUUUGUA